CUCCAACUUGCGGCCAACUCCUCACAUCACACAAUGCCCCGCACGAAGCGCUCUGCCUCCGACGCCUCCGACGCGGCGAGCCCCACGGCCGCGAAGCGCGCCAACGUCGUCAACGCCCUCGAGGCCGCCGACGACGUCGAGCGCGGGACGCUCUUCCUCGACGAUGGCACGGCCAUCGAGGGCUGCUCGUUUGGCGCCAAGAACUCGAUGAGCGGCGAAGUCGUCUUCAACACGGGCAUGGUCGGGUACCCGGAGGCGCUCUCGGACCCGUCGUACGCUGGCCAGAUCCUCGUGCUCACGUUCCCGCUGGUCGGCAACUACGGCGUGCCGUCCAUGGAGCUCGACCAGUUUGGCCUGCCCAAGAACUUUGAGUCGUCCAAGGUGCAGAUCUCGGGCCUCAUUGUCUCCGAGUACUCGUUCCAGCACUCGCAUUGGAACGCGGUCACGUCGCUCGGCGACUGGCUCAAGUCGCACAACGUGCCGGCGCUCUUUGGCCUCGACACGCGCAUGAUCACCAAGAAGAUCCGCGAGCACGGCUCGAUGCUCGGCAAGAUCGAGUUUGCGUCCAUGCCCAUCAAGAUGGAAGACCCGAACAAGACGAACCUCGUCGCCAAGGUCUCGCCCAAGCAGAUUCAAGUCUUCAACAAGGGCGCGUCGCCCAAAAUCCUCGCGUUCGACUGCGGCAUGAAGCACAACAUUGUGCGGUACCUCGCGGGUGCCGGCGUCGAGCUCACGGUCGUGCCGUUCGACUAUGACCUCGAGAAGAGCACGCUCGAGUACGACGGUAUCUUUAUCUCGAACGGCCCCGGCGAUCCGCUCAUGGCGCAGAAGACCAUCGACUCGAUCCGGUGGGCCAUCAACCGCGACGAAGACGACAUCAAGCCCAUCUUUGGCAUCUGCCUCGGCAACCAGAUCCUCGCGCUCGCGGCCGGCGCCAAGACGUACAAGAUGAAGUACGGCAACCGCGGCAUGAACCAGCCGUGCAUUGACAUGCGCACGACGCGCUGCUACAUUACGCCGCAGAACCACGGGUACGCCGUCGAGACGGCGUCGCUGCCCGCGGGCUGGAAGACGUUCUUCAUGAAUGCCAACGACCACUCGAACGAAGGUAUCAUCCACGAGCACAAGCCGUUCUUCUCGGUGCAGUUCCAUCCCGAAGCGUGCGGCGGCCCCACGGACACGGCGUUCCUCUUCGACAUGUUCCUCGAGAAGGUCAAGGGCCAGCCGUCCAAGCUCACGCUCAUGGACACGUCGCUCUACGAUCGCCCGACGUACCGCAAGGUGGUCCUCCUCGGAUCUGGCGGUCUCAGCAUCGGCCAAGCCGGUGAAUUCGACUACUCGGGCUCGCAGGCCAUCAAGGCGCUCAAGGAAGAAGGCAUCCAGGUCAUCCUUGUCAACCCCAACAUUGCGACGGUCCAGACGUCCAAGGGCCUCGCCGACAAGGUUUACUUUGUGCCGGUCCGCGCGUCGACGGUGCUCGAGAUCAUCAAGAAGGAGCGCCCGGACGGCAUCCUCGUCUCGAUGGGCGGCCAGACCGCGCUGAACGUCGGCAUUGAGCUCUGGGAGAGCGGCGCGCUCGAAGCCCACAACGUGCGCGUCAUGGGCACGCCGAUCUCGGUCGUCAUCGACACGGAAGACCGCGAGCGCUUCAGCGAGCGCCUUGCCGAGAUUGGCGAGACCAUCGCGCUGAGCAAGCCGGCCAAGACGAUCGACGAGGCCAUCGCUGCGGCCAACGAGAUUGGGUACCCGGUGCUCGUCCGCGCGGCCUUUGCGCUCGGCGGUCUCGGCUCGGGCUUUGCCGCCAACGACGAAGAGCUCACGACGCUCGCGAAGAAGGCGCUCUUUGGCGCGGGCUCCAAGGUCGCGGAGCGCCAGAUCCUCAUCGACCAGGACCUCCGCGGCUGGAAGGAAAUCGAGUACGAGGUCGUGCGCGACGCCAAGAACAACUGCAUCACGGUCUGCAACAUGGAGAACUUUGACCCGCUCGGUAUCCACACGGGCGAUUCGAUCGUCGUCGCGCCGUCGCAGACACUCAGCAACGCCGAGUACUUCAAGCUCCGCCAAACCGCGCAAAAGGUCGUGCGCCACCUCGGCAUCGUCGGCGAGUGCAACAUCCAGUAUGCGCUUGACCCGCACUCGGAGCGCUACUGCAUCAUUGAAGUCAACGCGCGCCUCUCGCGCUCGUCGGCGCUCGCGUCCAAGGCGACGGGCUACCCGCUCGCGUACGUGGCGGCCAAGAUCGCGCUCGGCAUCGACCUCGUCAACAUCAAGAACUCGAUCACGAAGACGACGACCGCGUGCUUUGAGCCGUCGCUCGACUACUGCGUCGUCAAGAUGCCCCGCUGGGACCUCAAGAAGUUCUCUCGCGUCUCGAACGACCUCGGCUCGUCCAUGCUCAGUGUCGGCGAGGUCAUGAGCGUCGGGCGCAACUUUGAGGAGUGCAUCCAGAAGGCGGUGCGCAUGGUCAACCCGAACUUGGACGGUCUCAACGGUCGCCCGGUCGACUACACGACCAAGACGGCCGAAAUUGACGCGAACCUGAAGAAGCCGACGGACGAGCGCCUCUUCUACGUCAUUGCGGCGCUUGACGCGGGCUACUCGGUCGACAAGGUGCACGAGCUCACCAAGAUUGACCGCUGGUUCCUCUCCAAGCUGCACCAUAUCUCGAGCCUCCGCAAGGGCAUGAAGGCGUUUGGCGCGCUCGACAAGCUCACGGCGUCGCACUUCAAGACGCUCAAGACGUACGGCUUCUCGGAUCGUCAGAUUGCGACCGAAGUCAAGUCGACGGAGCUCAUUGUGCGCAACCGCCGAAAGUCGUUUGGCGUGCUCCCGUUCGUCAAGCAGAUCGAUACGCUGGCGGCCGAGUUCCCGGCGCAGACCAACUACCUCUACAUGACGUACUCUGGCGCCGAGGACGACAUUCCGAUGGACGACCACGGCGUCAUGGUGCUCGGCUGCGGCGCCUACUGCAUCGGGUCGUCGGUCGAGUUUGAUUGGUGCGCCGUCUCGGCCGUGCGCACGAUCCGCGAGCUCAACUACAAGGCGAUCGUGGUCAACUACAACCCGGAGACGGUCUCGACCGACUACGACGAGUCGGACCGUUUGUACUUUGAAGAGCUCAGCUUUGAGCGCGUGCUCGACAUUUACGACCGGGAGAACGCGCACGGCGUCAUCGUCUCGGUCGGCGGCCAGAUCCCCAACAACCUCUCGACGCCGCUCUCCAAGUCGGGCGUCCGCAUCCUCGGCACGUCCGCCGAGUCGAUCGACCGCUGCGAAGACCGCAACAAGUUUUCGGCGCUCCUCGACACGAUCGGCGUCGACCAGCCCAAGUGGACGGAAGUCACGGACGUGGCGUCGGCCGAGAACUUUGCCUCGGACGUCGGCUUCCCCGUGCUCGUGCGCCCGUCCUAUGUGCUCUCGGGUGCUGGCAUGGUCGUCACGUCGUGCGCUGAAGAGCUCCGCGACUACCUCAACUCGCCCAACGUCGGCGGCAGCAGCAACAUUUGCAUCUCCAAGUUCAUUCUGAACGCCAAGGAAGUCGAGUUUGACGGUGUCGCCAAGGACGGCCAGAUCCUCAACUACGCCAUCUCCGAGCACGUCGAGAACGCCGGUGUGCACUCGGGCGACGCGACGCUCGUGCUGCCGGCGCAGAAGCUCUACGUCGGCACGAUCAAGCAGGUCAAGCGCAUUGCGAGCGCGAUCGCGCGGUCGCUCAACAUUACCGGUCCGUUCAACAUCCAGCUCAUGGCCAAGGAGAACGAAGUCAAGGUCAUCGAGUGCAACCUCCGCGCGUCGCGCACGUUCCCGUUCAUCUCCAAGACGUUCGACCUCAACUUUAUCAACCUCGCGACGCGUGCGAUGCUCGGCCUCGUCGUCAAGCCGGUCCCGAUCGCGCUCAUUGACAUUGACUACGUGGCCGUCAAGGCGCCGCAGUUUUCGUUCACGCGCCUUCUGGGUGCGGACCCGACGCUCGGUGUCGAGAUGGCGUCGACGGGCGAAGUUGCUUGCUUUGGCACGGACAUGCACGAGGCGUUCCUCAAGGCGCUCCUCUCGGCCGGCUUCAAGAUGCCCAAGGAGAAGAAGUCGAUUCUGAUCUCGAUCGGCAACGACGACAUCAAGCACGAGUUCCUCGAGUCGUGCAAGAUGCUCGACAAGCUCAAGUACAAGCUGUACGGCACGCCCGGCACGGCCGCGUACCUCCAGCAGCACGGCGUCGCGUGCCAAGUCCUCUUCAAGCCGAGCGCCAAGAAGGGCCCGAACGUCGUCGACGCGAUCAAGAACGGCGACAUUGAGCUCGUCAUCAACGUGCCCGACUCUGGGAACCGCCAGGGCGCCUCGGACGGGUACCUCAUCCGCCGCGCGUCGGUCGACUUUGGCAUCUCGCUCAUCAACAACAUCAAGUGCGCGAUCAUGCUCACGACCGCGAUGGAGAAGGUCAAGAAGCUCGAGAUCUGCCACAUUGGCGAGUACUACGCGAUGCCGACCGUCGGCUGGAGCACGGGCAAGAACCUCCUCGCGCGCAAGAUGUCGAUCUGCUAAGAAGAUUGCAUCCCUUUCCUUUAUAUACAUAUGACUAGCUUUGUAAAUUAUAUACCCAUCAAUAGUACCUUUGCACCCAA